AUGAACAAAGUGGACCUGCUCCUUUUCUUAUGCUAUUUCGCUAUUGAGAGACUGUGGAAAAAAAAUGCCCGUCGCCGCGGUUGCACAGACGGAAGGGGAGGAGGCAGCAAUGAUAGAAGCAACAAUGGACGAGGCAACGGUGGACGAAGCAAGAGGGGGGCCAGUCCCAAUCGCGAGACGAAGCCUGCUAAUACACAGCUGGGGGAAACGAAUCAAAGAGAGUCGAAUGGCGAUUCUUCUAAUUCAAAGGGGAACCAUCAUGUGACAGAGGUGGCAGAAAAACAUUCGGUUAGCCAUACACAUGAGGACAGCUCAGCUAAUCAGGGGGAGCUAUGCGAGCGCGUCAGGACAAAUGCUUACAAGUACAAACAUUUUUACCACAAAUAUUGCAUGGACGAAGCAGAAGGAGGAGACGAGGAAGAGGAGGGAAGCAGCUCAACGGAAGAAAACCCCCUUUUGAAGUGUCCCCCGUUGAGGGAGCGCAGAAUAUUCAAAGUCAUUAAGGGUGAUCAACAAAGUUGUGAAGAGGUAGCAGCCCCCCCUGCAAGACAAAACGGGAGCGACAAAAUGAGGAACUCGAAUGAUGGGCGCACUUACACCUCGCUGUAUUUCCCCUCCGUCGGCGACACGAACAGUGAGGGGGGUAGCGGCAAUGGGGGGGACGAUGAUGAGCACAUUGCAAGCGCUUCCCCAUCCAAGCAGAAGGGACAGAGUCCCUCUGAGGAGAAUGCUCACAACCAGUUACACCCCUGUCGCGGUGCACUCCUGGAGGGGACAUACGUCAGCAGGGGAACGGAAAUGAAGAAGGUGAAGGAGAUGAAGAGGGGGAGAAAAAAAGACCACUGUGUUUGUGUGCCCCCCCAUGGGAUGAAGUGCUCGCAUUCGAGUCAUGGAAAAGACAAAGCAGUGAGUAGGUACAGAGUGACCUCACUUGAACAGCACAUCAGAUCGGCCCUCUGCAACGUGAAAAAACAAAACGAAAUACUUAGCUUCAUAAAUGAUACUUAUAAAACGAUUGUGAUGAUGAGCAUUUUGUCCAUGCUGGUGACCAAGGGCAUUCUUAUAUGCUCCUUUCUGUACUCCCUCCAGAGUGUGCCGGUCGCCUCGGGUCGUCUGUUCCCCUCUGGCAUGUUGCCCCUCCUGCAGGUGUGUCACUUUACGCUCUUCCACCUGUACGUCCGCGAGUACACGGAACACAAGCGGUGCGGUCCGUAA